AUGAGUCCACCUAGCGCAGAACGAAGGCGACAAGCCUCUUUGUUAUACCUCAGUAUCGCCCUUGUUGCCCUGACUUUGCUGGCCAAAAUCGGUGGAACUAUCUGGAUCAACGGACGAUUUGAAGAGCUGAAGACAGAACAUGGUUAUGUGGGAAAUGACCAUCCUGAAACUUGGCCGAUUCCCCGCAAGACGGUCUUGAUGGGAUUCCAAAACCCCAACCAUUUCCGACUGGACGCGGAAGACGGAAUUUUGGAGUGGAAGGCGAUGAUACCUGGUGGGGACGGAAUCAUCCACCUGGGGGCACACCACCAGCCCUACGGGAUAUCCAUGUUCCAUCAACUGCGAUGCCUGGACGUCAUUCGCGGCGAGACAGUGCGAGACCGUAGCGAUGGAGACAACAUUUCAGAACUUGGACGACAUUGCUUGAACUAUAUCCGCCAGAUGGUGAUGUGUCGCGGGGAUCUAGAACUCGAGUCUUUCCAGUUCGCGUCACACAAGAAUCCGAUUGACUUGUUCGGAGUGUACGAGUGUAAGGAUUGGGAGGGGGUUUAUACUCUUGUGAAGAAGAAUCAGGAGAUACAGAAAAAUCGGUUGAGGGCGAGGGGUUGA